AUGGAAUCCCACGUCCAGCGUCUGGUGGACCAGACUUGGGAGAAGUUCUCGAAAUACGACCUCUCGCAACGCCUGCUGAUCGCCAUCUCUGGCAUACCGGGUAGCGGGAAAACGACGCUCGCGGCCAGUGUCGCCCGCGGGCUGAACAAGAAACAUCACGAGUCGAUGCACAGGCAGUUCCCCAACCGGCCGACAGGCCCGAACCCCUCGCAACCAGAUAUUGCGUUCGUGGUCCCACUCGACGGCUACCAUCUGACCCGCAAGCAGCUGGCGGAGAUGCCCAACGCAGAGGAAGCGAUUUUCCGACGCGGGGCGGCGUUUACGUUCGACGCGCAGAGCUACCUGAAGUUUGUGAUGCAGGUGGCCAGGCCACUGACCGCGGAGACGCGGACGUUGUACGCGCCGAGUUUCGACCACGCCGUCAAGGACCCUGUGGCCAACGACAUUGCGAUCCCGCCCACGGCGCGCAUCGUGGUGUUUGAGGGCCUAUACACGGCCUUGGACGCCCCCGGCUGGCGCGAAGCCCACGCUCUCAUGGACGAGACGUGGUUCGUCGAUGCCGACAUUGAGACAGCCACGCAGCGUGUGGCCAAGCGGAAUUUCGCCGCCGGCAUCACCAAAACGUUCGAGGAGUCGCUGGCUCGCACCAAGGCGAGCGACAUGCGGAAUGCUCGCGAUGUUCUGGACCAUCGACUGCCGGUGCAAGAGAUGGUGCCGAGUAUUGAGGACGAGAGCUGGCGUAGCGAGGAGGUUCUGAAGCUCGAAGAUGAACUGGAUGCACAGGACAGCCAGGAAGACUACGAGAACAAGAUUAGGCAGGAGAGGAUGAUGCGCAUAGACAGUAUUGCCGCUCUGGCCGCAGACGGCGUUGGGAUGUGA